AUGGCCGGAGGAGACGAACUGAAGCUGCUCGGCUCAUGGCUAAGCCCAUUUGCCACUAGGGUGAAACUUGCCCUCACCCUCAAGGGCCUGAGCUACGAAAACCUGGAAGAGGACCUCUCCAACAAGAGCGAGCUACUCCUCAGCUCCAACCCUGUGCACAAGAAGGUGCCCGUGCUCAUCCACAACGGCGCUUCCGUGUGCGAGUCCAUUAUCAUCCUGCAGUACAUCGACGAAGCAUUCGCCGACAUCGGCCCCUCCCUCGUCCCCCCGGACCCCCACCAGCGCGCCGCCGCUCGCUUCUGGGCCGCCUACAUCGAUGACAAGCUCGUGAUCCCAUGGGUGCGGUCGUUCAGGGGCAAGACGGAAGAGGAGAAGUCUGAGUGGAUAGAGCAGACGUUCAUCGCCGUGGAGACCCUGGAAGGAGCCCUCAGGGAGAGCUCCAAGGGCAAGGGCUUCUUCGGCGGCGACAAUGUCGGGCUCGUGGACGUCGUGCUAGGCAGCCUGCUCACGUGGGUGCACGCGACCGAGGUGAUGUCGGGGACCAAGAUGUUUGACCCUGCUAAGACCCCACUGCUGGCCGCUUGGAUGCAGCGCUUCGACGAGCUUGACGGUGCCAAGGCCGUCAUGUCGGACGUUAAUAGGAUGGUCGAGUUCAAGACGAGGCAGGCGCAGGCCAUCUCUGUCGCUGCAGCUUCACAGCGUCAGUAA